AUGGUGUUGAUUUUGAAACUAGGCUUGCUUUGCUCACAUGCAAUACCAGCUACAGGGCCUAGCAUGAAGCAAGUGAUGCAGUUUUUGGAUGGUGAUGCUGAUCUGCAGGAAUUACCACAUGACAACGCUUCUUUUGGUGCAUCUACAAGUUGCGCCAAGAACUCCACCGGCGCGUUCUCGUGCCUCACAGGUGACUGCGGCUCGUCCACCGUAGAAUGCCCGGAUGGCAAUCCCGCAUCACCAGCCACAGCAGCUGCGUUCGAUCUAAAGGACCACGAAGACAACGUCGACUUCCUUGUUCAAGCCUUCCCCGGGCUGUCUUAUAACCUCCCUAUGACGGUUGUACCGCUGGGUGGAAUCGGAGGGAGCUGUAACGAGUCGGGUUGCUCCAUGGACUUUAGCAGCGCGUGUCCUACGGCUACGGAUGUGAGCGCGUCCUGUAAGAACGCCACGUGUGAGAUGAGAGAUUACAAGAAGUACUGUUGCAUGGCGGGCCCCAAGAUUGUGGCUCCGUGCACGCCCAGCUUGUACAUGGAUUUCCUUCACCAAAAGUGCCCAACGGCUGACAGUAUCGGCUACGAUGAAGGCACCGGGACGUAUACCUGUUCAUAUCUCCAUGACAUCGUCUCUUACUGCCAGAAACCAUGCACAACAACGCCGACGGAUUACGUCAUUACUUUUUGCCUUCCGGCAGCCAUCGAGUAA